AGGUGUAACUAUGGUUGGUACUGCAUUUGCCAUACAAAAAGAGUAUUUCUUUGAGCUCGGCGGCUAUGACGAGGGGAUGACAGUCUGGGGUGGAGAAAACCUAGAAAUGUCUUGGCGGGUGUGGCUCUGUGGUGGACGCCUCCUGCAUGUUCCUUGCUCUAGGACUGGGCAUGUUCCUCGAGGCCAGCCCUACUCGUUUCCUGGUGGCCGCGGUAAAAUUGAACAUUUCAACUACAAACGAGCAGUCAGUGUUUGGAUGGGCAACUAUUCUCGGUUCAUAUACACCGAGUUUCCUGAUAUGAGGACUUUAGACAUUGGAGACAUCGGCAGUCGUCUCGAACUCAAGUCCAAGCUGAGGUGUAAAGAAUUCAAAUGGUAUCUACAAAAUGUAUGGCCCGAGCUGAACGUCCCAGAUGAAAACAUGACAGUUUGGGGAAUGGUUGCCAAUGACGCCCAUCCAUUGUGUUUGGAUAAUAAUCAUUACUUGUUUCAAGACCUACGUCAGCUCUAUCUAUCACCUUGUACCGAGAAGAUCUCAAGUCAGGCGUUCUCCUUGACUACCGACAAGCUGUUGAGGACAUCGCUCCAGUGUGUUGUGGUCCCUGAUCCCAAGGAAGGAGCGGCGGUCAAACUACAAGACUGCAUUAUUGGCACGCGCGACAAAUGGGACUACUUACAGGACCGUACAAUCGUCCAUCAGAAGUCAAAUUUGUGUCUGGAAGCCAACACACAGGGGCCACAACUCAGCAAGUGCAAUAGCUCUUCAAAGUCACAAAAAUGGACGUUCAAGCCAAUCCAUUAA